AAAUGGUGUAACAAAAAAAUAAAAAUCAACACUAUGGGUAGAGUGGCUUUGGUUAGUCAUGAAAAAAGCAAAGCACAUCAACAUAAUGUGUUGGUUCGAAAAACUAACCUUCCGAUCAGCCAUUUUUUACCAAAUCCAAUCGUUGGUAAUAACUUGUUGUCGUCAUCUCCGUCACUUCCUUCACUUUCCACUGCAAUGGCUACCCAUAUCACAGCUUCAGAUUCUUCCACGAACGCUGAUAAUCAACACUCUAAGGCUUCCAACGUCUUGAACAGAUUCAUGAUAAACGAGCAAGUUACAAGUGCUGAAAUUGUGUGGGCUCUGGAAACUAUUGCCACUCAUAACUCCUAUCGCAGUGCUGGGGCUAACACUAAUUUGUUCAAGACAAUGUUUCCGGACAGCCAAAUUGCUGCCAAGCUCGAGAAGGGACGCACAAAACUUGCGUAUCUAAUAACGUUUGAUUUGGCACCUUAUUUCACAAACGAAAUAUUUAAGCAACUUGAUGUAUGUUCCGAAAUAGUAACUGGUUUCGAUGAAACAUUGAACAAAGUUUCACAGCGCCAACAGAUGGAUGUUAGUGUGAGAUUUUGGAAUGAAAAUAAGGAACAGGUAGAAUGUCGAUACAUUGGAUCAGCGUUUUUAGAUUCUUCUCGUGCAGUCGAUCUCCUUAACGGAUUGAAACAGUGCACAGAAAAAAAGCCUGCUCUACUAAAUAAUGUGAUUCAGCUAAGCAUGGACGGGCCGAAUGUAAAUUGGCGUUUAAUGAAGGACUUAAGUGAAGAACUUCGAAAUCUGCGUGGGGUACCAUCUUUUGAUUUGUUAAACAUAGGUAGUUGCGGCUUACAUGCUAAUCAUAAUGCUUUUAAAAAUGGCAUGGAGCACACUGAAUGGAACAUUGAUGAGCUUUUGACAUCCCUCUAUUAUUUGUUCAAAGACUUUCCGUUGCGCCGUGCAGAUUAUAAAGAAACUACCGGAUCCAAUUUAUUCCCCCUGAAAUUAUGUCCUGUUCGAUGGAUUGAAAAUUUGAAUGUGGCUGAGCGCGCUUCUAAAAUGAUUCCUCAUUUGAAAGUCUUUGUGGCUGCAGUCAAAAACCAACGUGACAAAAAACUCAAGGAAGGUCACCAUUCUUUCAAAAGAAGUUUUGCAGCAGUUGCUCAGUCUAGGCCAUUCGCUGUAAUAGAAAAGGCCAUUUCUGAUGAAAUGUUGACCCCAAAACUUGCCUUUUUUAUUUCAUCAGCUGGAUUUGUAGAACCCUUUUUGCGAGAAUUUCAAUGUGAUGCUCCUAUGGCGCCAUUUUUGUUUGAUGAAUUAACUUCACUUACCCAUUCUAUAAUGAGUAAGGUUUUAAAAUCGGAAUGCCCAAAUGUAAAAGUUAAAGCGAUCACCGAUAUCGAGCUCAAAGAUAACAACAUUCUACCGACAUCGCAAAUUGAUAUCGGUUUUGGAGUCAAAGCGGCAAUUAAAACAAUAAUGGCACGUGGAAAAAUAUCUGAAAAGAUUAUCCUACAGUUUAAGAACGAUUGUAAAGCUUAUUAUAUUGCCUUUUUGACAAAAAUUGGUGACCGUUCUCCACUAUCACACAGUUUUACACGAUAUAUCUCAUGUAUAGAUCCAGAGACCUCAACAAAAUCGCUUGAUAUUGCCUUGAAACGGUUGGAGUACUGCCUGGAUUACAUGGUCCAAAGAGAACAUUUAACGGGUAAUGUAGCUGACAAAGUUCGUCAAGAAUUCACAAAUGCGGUGGAAAUUUUGAGCAUAAAGUCAUCUCUAGCUGCCUACAAGCGACAUGAAUGUCGACUAGAUAAUUUUUGGUUUAAAGUUCUUGCGGGUUCGGGAAAAGAAUUCUCAAAGUUAAGAAUUAAAAAAAAAAAAAUUAUUUCUAUCACAUGGCAAUGCAACUCUGGAGCGAGGAUUUUCUAUAAACAAAGAGUGUCUGAUUGUUAAUUUAAUUGACGAAAGCUUAGUGGCACAGCGAAUAGUGUACGACGCUAUUUUGAACGCUGGUGGGGUUUUAGGGGUUGAAAUAAAUAAAUCACUCGUCCAGUACGCUCGAAACGCGCAUGGACGAUACGUCGAGAACCUCGAGCAAAAGAAGAAGGAAAGGGCAAAAACGGACGAUGCCAGUGCUAGAAAAAAGACAAUGCAUCAAGCACUCAAGGAGUUAGAAUCAGUAAAAGCCAAAAUUCUCGCAGAUGCUCAAAAAGAGGUAGCAUUGA